CGGCAGAAGAGCAGGUGCAGAUGCUGCUGGAAGCCAGACUGCAGUGCCUCCAGACAGUUUCUAGCCAUGACCUCGCAGUGGACGAGUGUCCUCCAGAGUGGGAUGGUCUAAUCUGCUGGCCGCAGGGGUACCCUGGAACUCUGAUCAAAGUGCCCUGUCCCAGAUACAUCUACGAUUUCAACCAUGCAGGCCAUGCCUACAGGCGAUGUGACUCCAAUAGCUCCUGGGUGCUUGGAGAGGGCUUGAAUAAGACAUGGGCCAAUUACACAGAGUGCAUAAAGUCCCCUGGACCAAACAGAGAGCGAGUAAGUCACAUCUUUUUCGAGAGGCUUCAUAUCAUGUACACUGUGGGCUACGCCGUGUCCUUUGGGUCCUUACUGGUGGCCAUCCUCAUCAUUGGAUAUUUUAGGCGCCUGCACUGCACACGGAACUACAUCCACAUGCACUUGUUCGUGUCCUUCAUGCUGAGAGCUGUUAGCAUCUUCGUGAAGGACAGGGUGGUGCACACCAGCGCCGGCCUUCAGGAGUUUGACGCCGUGCUGAUGAAUAACUUCACUAAUGCGGUGGACGUGGCACCAGUGGACACUUCGCAGUAUAUGGGGUGUAAGGUGACCGUCCUGCUGUUCAUCUAUUUCCUGGCAACAAACUACUACUGGAUCCUGGUGGAGGGCUUGUACCUGCACAGCCUUAUCUUCAUGGCCUUCCUGUCAGAUACUAAGUACCUAUGGGGCUUCACUCUGAUUGGAUGGGGUGUUCCUGCACUCUUUGUAUCAGCCUGGGCAAUCGUCAGGGCAACAGUGGCAGAUUCAAGGUGCUGGGAGCUGAGUGCAGGAAACAUCAAAUGGAUCUACCAGGUCCCUAUUCUGACAGCCAUCGGACUCAACUUCAUCCUAUUUGUGAACAUCGUGCGGGUGCUGGCGACCAAAAUCCGGGAGACCAACGCUGGAAGAUACGACACACGAAAACAAUACAGGAAGCUGGCGAAGUCCACGCUGGUGUUGGUGUUGGUGUUCGGGGUACACUACAUCAUAUUUGUUGGGAUGCCGCACACCUUCGAGGGACUGGGCUGGGAAGUGCGCAUGUACUGUGAGCUCUUCUUCAACUCCUUCCAGGGCUUCUUUGUGUCCAUAAUCUACUGCUACUGCAAUGGAGAGGUCCAGACAGAAAUUAAGAAGACGUGGACGCGCUGGAACCUGGCCUUCGACUGGAAGGGUCCGGUGGUGUGCGGCAGCUACCGCUAUGGCUCUGUGCUGACCGGACUCAACAACAGCACCAGCAGCCACUCCCAGCUGGCCACUGGAGGUCUAGCUACUCGCUCCACCACACUGUUCUCCAGCCGGGUGUACCGCAGCACUGGAGCACCUUCUAUCAGUGCUCAUGCCUCACUGCCCGGCUACGUGAUCAGUAACUCAGACGUAGACAGCCUGCCGCCCUCCAUACCCGAGGAGUCGGAGGAAAGCGCUAAGCAGGUGGACGAUAUCCUGCUAAAAGAGUCGCUGCCCGCACUGCCCAGCAGUGGGCCAGAGGAUGAUGAGGAGACGCUGUAG